AUUUAUGUUUCGAACUUAAGUCUCGAGCGAUCUUCAGACGAUCACGAUGGCUUUUGAAUUCCUCAAAAAGCAUGGGUUCAACUUGGCUGAUGAGGUUGACAAGAUAAAAUUUGGGGAGGUGGAGACAAACCGGGGUGAAGAAUCAAUUGAAGAAGACUCCCGCUUCCACGAGUUGAAGAAAAUUGUCGGCGUUCGGCUGCCGUGUCGUCCGUACCUGUGGGAUUUGCAACUCGACAAAGGGGCCGUGUCAGCAAUCCUCCCUCAUGAGUUCAACUCACCUCCUCAGAAAAAUUCGCCUGAUAUUCUUGAGGCUCGUGGGUGUCUUAUAGCUCCAAGCCUGUGCCAUGCACAUAUCCAUCUAGAUAAGUGCUUCCUUCUCCAAGAUCCGAAAUUCAGCGAUCUUCAAAUCGUGGACGGAGAUUUCAAGGAAGCAAUGAACCUUACGACAAAGGCAAAGCAGCGUUUCACACGAUCGGACCUGUUGCGAAGGGGAAGACAGUUGAUCAUUGAAAGCAUUCGAGCCGGAGUUACGGCAAUGCGGGCUUUCUGCGAAGUUGACGGAGAUGUAGGGAUGAAAUGCUUAGAUACUGGACUAGAACUCAAAAGAGAGUUUGAGAGCAAAUGCGAUAUACAGCUGUGUGCUUUCGCUCAAAAUCCAUUAUUCGGCGGCAAGGACAAUGGAGAGAAAGUCCGCCAGUUGAUCAUGGAGGCGGCCAAAAAAGCAGAAGUGGACGUUUUGGGAAGUACCCCUUAUGUUGAAGAAAACGAAGAGCUCGAGUUACGAAAUCUUGAGUGGAUGAUCGAUUUGACAUUACAGCACAGCAAGAUGCUAGAUUUGCAUUUAGACUAUCAUCUUGACCCGCAGAAGAAACCACUGUUUUGGGACGUAAUAUCCCUUCUGAAGCAAAAGGGUUGGGCAAAGAAGGGCAAUCGACAUGUCACUCUAGGGCACUGCACUCGCCUGACACAUUUUACAAGCUCAGAGUGGCAAAAAGUGAAGGCCGAUUGCCAUGAUAUUCCAAUAUCUUUUGUAGGAUUGCCGACGAGUGAUUUGUUCAUGAUGAAGACGGAGCAGCAAUGGCGGGGCACACUUCAUGUUCCAGACAUGAUCCAAAAGCAUGGAUUAGAAGCAGCCAUUGGGACUAACAACGUUGGCAACGCCUUCACUCCACAAGGAAAUUGUGAUCCGCUGAGCCUUGCAUGUCUAGGGGUGGGUCUUUACUCUGCCGGAAGUCAAACGGACACCGAUCUGCUAUAUGACUGCGUAUCAUGUCACGCUCGCAGAGCCAUAGGUCUACGUCCGGGUAAUCGGGACUUUCAAGUUGGCGAUGACGCUGACUUCGUGAUUUUUAAGAAAGGAUACACAAAAUUGAGAACAAGAAAGAGCAUUGCAGAGGUGGUGUACGAUCCUCCGGCAGCUAGAAUUACCAUCAAAGCCGGUGUCAUUGUGUCGAUGUGAGACUGGCGGAACCAGAUCGAUAUCUCUUUUUGGUAUAAAUUAGUGGUUAGCAUCCUUGGAAUAUAGAACCCUUACAGCAAAACACCGCUUCAUGGAUAAGUGUAGGCAUAUAGCCGCUUGAGGGAGUCAGGGACAUAAAUAUGUUGAAGGGAAGUCGGCUUUGCUCAAUGAGUCCAAUUAAAGUAAUUCUGUGUCUGAGAUGGUUUGAAUCCGACAGAUUAAUUAGCCUUAGUUAUCUUCCCGCCCCGUAAAAGCAAUGCAGAUACAGCUGGGCAUAUUAAGCAAUCCCGAAGUGAUAAGCAUCUCCAGGGAGAUAUCGAGC